AUGCUCGUUGAACUUAAAGCCUGUUUUAUGGAAGCCUACGACGAUAACCAAGAUGGCAAAAUCGAUAUUCGGGAGUUGGCCCAACUUCUUCCCAUGGAGGAAAACUUUCUCCUUCUGUUCAGGUUUGAUAACCCUCUAGAAUCGAGCGUCGAGUUUAUGAAGAUUUGGCGAGAAUACGAUACUGAUGGAAGUGGAUUCAUUGAAGCCGACGAGCUUAAGAAUUUCUUACGCGAUCUCUUGAAAGAGGCGAAAAAAAUAAACGACGUAUCCGAAGAUAAAUUAAUCGAGUACACCGAUACAAUGCUCCAAGUUUUUGACUCUAACAAAGACGGCAGACUUCAGCUUUCCGAAAUGGCGAAGCUUCUACCAGUGAAAGAAAAUUUUCUCUGCAGACAAGUGUUCAAGGGCGCCACUAAGCUCACUAAGGACGACAUCGAAAGAGUUUUUUCACUUUAUGACAGAGACAAUAACGGAUCUAUAGAAAAUGAAGAGUUAAAAGGAUUUCUCAAAGACCUCUUAGAAUUGGUAAAAAAGGACUACGACGCCCAAGACCUGCUCGAAUUCGAAGAGACCAUUCUCCAAGGCCUGGAAUACAGCAGUGAAGGGAAAAUAAGUAGAAAACAAUUGACAAUGAUACUUUUGGCUCUGGCGAAGCAUAAUCAAGAAGAAGAGCCGGCUACUCCAUAA